UAUAUUAAAUUGUCCCACCGUUUAAUUAUGUCAUUGUUAAUAAUAUAUAGCUAAAUUAAUAAAAAGUAUAGAAAUUAAAUCAUUUAGUUAAUUUCUUGCUUCGAAGAAGAUCCAACAUGAAAUUCCGAAUUAUUUACUUAUUGGUCUUGGUGACUGCACUUGCAUCUCUAACUCAGUCUUCAUCACUACUGGAUUCAGAUCCUGAUGCGUUACUACAGGCAGACGACGCAUUUUCAGACGCAUUCCCAGACGACGCAUCUCCAGACGACGCAUCUCCAGACGACGCAUCUCCAGACGACGCAUCUGGAGAAAUGCAAUUGGAUGAGGCAUGUGACGAGGAUUCUUCGCUCUGCCCCAAAACAAGAGGGGCCAGUGGAUUCGUUGGUGGUUUACUCGGCCUUGGUACUAUAGCUAAAGCUGUUAUAAAAUCAGGUGUUGGCAUUUUUAAGAAUAUCGUAGGUAUUCCAGAUCCGCCAGAAGUUAUCAAUGUUGUUGUGCCUCCACAGCAACAACAAGUUAUUGUUGGACCACCGGGGGUUAUUGUGGGUUAGUAAACAAAGAAAGUAUUAUUUUUUUCACAAAUAAAUAUGUACUAAACACAGAA